AUGCCAGUGAUGCUAGAUAACACUUCGUCCCGGCUCUUUCAGACUACACGCACUGGAUUCCAAGCGCUCUGCCAGCAGCUCAUUGACGACCUCCUGAACAAUGGCUUAUCGACCCAGGACGAACUCCGUGAUAGAGUAGAUCAGCUGCAUCUGUCAUUGGAACAGCUUAAACGAGCCGGGCAGAUGAUGGCUAUUGAUUGUCCGACAAAUGAGCUUGUGCGUGUUGUACCUAAUGGAUUCUUCACGGUUCUGCUCGAUCGCCCCGGACAGGACCCGAUGUCCGAGUUUGAUUGGGCCUGUAUUUAUACCGCUGACACUUUGAACAUGCUGAUUGCUGAAUUCUUGCGCUACAGGAACCCCACUGAUAUUGCCCACCAUCUCGAGGCCCAGUCAUUCCUUUGGGAUUUGGUUGUCCAAUUCCCUGUGACCAUUUCCCACGCUGAGGAUUCCGCGCCAGAACCCUAUGUCAAUGCUCUCCAGAUCCCGCCUGCCGCUCGUAUGGCUCGUAUGAACUCGCGGAUUCCGGUGCGGCGUCGCCCUCCUCCUCCUGUUGAUACUUAUUUGGCUUAUAACCGGCCUGUUCCGGGUCCUUAUCCCCCUGGUUUGCCCCCACGACCUGUGCCUGAGUUUGAGCCUGACUCUGAGCCAGUUUCUCCAGUUUCCCCUGGUUCAUCUGGUUCACCUGUUUCAUCGAUUUCACCUGUUUCGUCUGUUUCGCCAACAGGACCUAACUCUACGGGACUUCAUAGGAAUCCCAGAAUUCGUCCUCGGUAA